AGGCGGUUCCAUCGCCAUGAAGGGUGACGGGCUGCGCUUGGCGCGGCUGGCGGUACUGUUACUGCAGGCUACUGUUGUUCUCAGUCGAACGGCAUUUGAAAAGUUGACUGAUGUAGACUUCUCGGGAACUGCGUACUACACAGUACGAAACCUAUCACUGUAUGAGUGCCAGGGCUGGUGUCGCGAGGAACCUGACUGCCAAGCCGCUUCCUUCAGCUUUGUGUUGAAUCCGUUGACACCGGUGCAAGAAACGCGAUGCCUCCUUCAGAACGACACUCAGGCCAACAACCCCAUGGCCACUCCACAGCGGUCAGUGAACACGUACUACAUGGUGAAGCUGCAAGUUCGUACGGAGAGCGUUUGUCUUCGGCCCUGGGCGUUCGAGAGAGUGCCAGGCAAGUCGCUGCGCGGACUCGACAACUCUGUCAUCUACACGUCGACUAAAGAAGCCUGUCUUGCUGCUUGUCUUAACGAGAAAAAGUUCCCGUGCCGUUCAGCAGAGUAUGAAUAUGGCAGCAUGCGGUGUUCGCUCAGUGACUCCGACAGGCGUACGGCGCAGCACUUCGUUCAGCUCGUGGACACGCCCGGCACCGAUUACUUCGAGAACUUGUGCCUGAAGGCGUCGCAGGCGUGCAAAGGGCAGCGCGUGUUCACAGCGCCGCGCAUCGGCGUCGCCGAGGACAAGGUGGCCCAGUACGCCGGCCUACACUACUACACCGACAAGGAGUUGCAGGUUACAUCCGAAGCUGCUUGCCGACUCGCAUGCGAAAUCGAGUCAGAGUUCCUGUGUCGUUCCUACCUGUACAUGGGACCGCCUCACUCGGCCGCGUACAAUUGCCGUUUGUACCACUUGGACCACCACACCCUGCCCGAUGGACCUUCAGCUUACCUCAACGCUGAAAGACCACUCAUCGACGAUGGAGAACCAAUUGGAAAGUACUUCGAGAACUUCUGUGAGAAGCCGCCUAGCAACGCAAAUCCUCCUGGUGAGCUACCGGUAACUAUUGAGCACCAACAAGACCCGAACAUGUCGAGCAACUUGACAAGAAACGAUGCCAACUGCGACAAAACUGGAACUUGCUACGAUGUUUCCGUGCUUUGCAAGGAUACAAGGAUCGCCGUCCAAGUGCGUACGAACAAGCCAUUCAAUGGACGCAUUUACGCUUUGGGACGUUCAGAGACUUGUAACAUUGAUGUUGUUAACAGCGACCUAUUCCGACUCGACCUCACCAUGGCUGGCCAAGAUUGUAACACUCAGAGCGUUACUGGAGUAUACUCAAACACAGUCGUUCUGCAACAUCACAGCGUAGUGAUGACUAAGGCAGACAAGAUCUACAAAGUCAAGUGUACAUACGACAUGAGCUCGAAGAACAUCACAUUCGGAAUGGUACCAAUCAGAGACCCGGAGAUGAUUUCCAUCACUGCCGCGCCCGAGGCACCGCCACCACGCAUCCGUAUCUUGGACGCUCGCCAACGCGAGGUGGAGACGGUCCGCAUUGGAGACAGGCUUACCUUCCGUAUCGAGAUCCCCGAAGACACUCCAUAUGGUAUCUUCGCUCGCAGCUGUGUCGCUAUGGCUAAGGACUCAAAGAGCACCUUCCCCAUUAUUGAUGACGAAGGAUGUCCUUUGGAUCCGUCAAUUUUCCCGGCGUUCACUCCAGACGGCAAUGCUCUCCAAUCCGUGUACGAAGCUUUCAGAUUCACAGAAUCUUAUGGAGUUAUCUUCCAAUGUAACGUCAAGUACUGUCUUGGACCUUGUGAACCGGCGGUGUGCGAAUGGGGCAGAGAUUCUUUGGAGUCUUGGGGUAGGAAGAAGCGUUCGUUGCCCCACAACGAGACCAGUGAGGCACACAGUCAGGAAGAAGAUAUGAACAUCUCCCAGGAAAUCCUUGUCCUUGACUUCGGUGAUGAAAGGCAGAGCACAGACUUCCUACGCUCUGACAAGCCUGGAGGCGUAGCGUCUGAAGCUAACUUUGGAGAAAAAACAGUAACGAUCGUGGAGCCGUGUCCCAGCAAGGCGUCGGUGCUGCUGCUGGGCGUGGCGUGCGCCCUGCUUGUCCUGUUGUACAUCGCGACCAUCUUCUGCUACUACAUGCGCAAAUGGCUGGCACCGCCCAAGCACAUGUCAUAAUUAUAUUUAAUCUAGAGGCUAUGUUCACGUUGGUCUCGACUCACUGGGUCGGCCGCGACCCGCUGAUUGUCUUGUAUUGACGAACAUGUGAUACAAAUGACUGACGAACACAACAGUAAACAAUGUAUUCUCAGACAAUAUCCGUCCAUUUAGUAUAGGUUCCGUGAAUAUUUUCGUGGUGUAUAGAUUUGAGAAAUGAUUUUGACGCCUAAUUUUUGGUAUGAUUGUUGUAACCACCGCGU